AUGGCGUAUGUUAAACGAACAAAUGGAAAUAGACUCAGUACUAACAUUUGCAGUGACUUAAUAGAUCGUCCUCGUGGUGAAUUAACAGAAAUUGAACGUUCAAGAUUAGAAGAAUUUGAAUUUUUACAUGGUCCAAUGUCAUUAUUAAAUAAUGCAAAAAAAUUUAAUACUCCAGUUAUGAUUUCAUGUAGGAAUAAUCAUAAACUCAUAGGAAAAGUUAAAGAAUUUGAUAGACAUUGUAAUUUGGUAUUAGAGAAUGUUCGUGAAAUAUGGGAUGAUAAAGUUAAAAAUAAUGCUGGUAAAAUAAUAAAAAUCAAUAAAAAGGAAAGAUUUAUAUCUAAGUUGUUUCUUAGAGGUGAUUCUGUUAUAAUUGUGCUUAAGAUAGAUGUGUAA